AUGUCAAAAGAAAAAUUUCUAAAGAUAUUUCACGAAGAUGGAUCGUUUAAACUUGUUUUUGGUUAUCCACCUUUUGAUAUUGAAAUAAUUGAGGUUAAAUAUUUGGGUGAUGGUAGAAUUGGAAUAAGAUACCAUGUCUUAUUACCAUCAAGAGAAGAUCUAGAAACAAUAGUUGGUUAUGAUUAUUCAUCCAGAUGGUAUAUUAAAUAUGAUUGUCUACCACUCAAAACCACAAGCUUUCACUUUCUUCAUCACUCUGCCUCUACAAAAGAACAAGAAAAAUAUCAAAGUUGUAAAAUCGAUAUUGAAAAAGAUAUAAAAUAUUUUUCAAUAACAGUUACUCCAAAAGCAGUUGAGAAAAUAGAUUUAGAUGAAUGGAUUGACUCCUAA